AUGAUCCCAAUUGCCCUACCCUCAAGAUGGCUCUGUAUAAGGCGCAUCCAAAAUAUUAGAGCAUCUCCGCCAGUACCAUUGAAAUAUUUACCGUCCGUUUUGCGCAUGUAUUCAACCGGCUGUGAGGUAUCACCUGAGGUUUCAGCAGACCUAGACAGAACCAGAAAUAUCGGCAUCAUUGCUCAUAUCGAUGCGGGCAAAACGACCACUACAGAGCGUAUGCUCUAUUAUUCCGGCUUUACCAGGAGAAUUGGAGAGGUCGAUGAGGGGUCGACAGUGACUGACUUUCUUCCUGCCGAAAGAGCUCGGGGAAUAACAAUUCAAUCUGCAGCAAUUACUUUCAAUUGGCCGCCUAGACCAUGGGGAGAGCAAACAAGUCCAACACUUGAAGAGCUCAAAAGUAAAGGGCUCCCUAGAUCUGCAGCGUCGCAUACAAUAAAUCUCAUUGACACCCCUGGACAUGCGGAUUUUACUUUUGAAGUCUUACGCUCUCUGCGGAUCCUUGAUGGUGCGAUCUGCAUUCUAGACGGAGUGGCAGGAGUUGAAGCGCAGACAGAAAAAGUGUGGCACCAGGCUUCGACUUACGCUAUUCCCCGUAUUGUGUAUAUAAAUAAAUUAGAUCGUGACGGCGCUGCUUUUGGACGAACUGUUCGGGAAUUGGGGUCGAGACUGGGUGUCUGGCCCGCUGUCUGCCACAUACCGUGGUUUGAAUCUGCCUACGGUCGAUUCCAGGGUAUUGGAGAUGCGAUCUCUCUUCAAGGCCUUUUUUGGGAGGAAGGUGGUGAUGGAAAAAAAAUCAAGGUGUCCAGUUUGGCUACCCUGGAAGAAACGGAUGAAAAAUUUGCGAACGAAUUGAAGAGAGCUCGUGUCGCACUUGUUGAACUUCUGAGCGAACAUGAUGAAGCCCUGGUCGAAAACUUCUUGGAACAUGGCGAGGACCAUCUGGCUGUAAAACCAAUUGAAAUCUUGGAGAGCCUUCGAAGGACCUUACUCGAUUCAGACACAAGGGUCGUUCCUGUUUUCGCUGGAGCAAGCUUCCGAAAUAUCGGUGUUCAACCUCUUCUUGACCAGGUUCUGAAUCUUCUUCCCAGCCCCAAUGAACGCCCCGAUCCAGAAAUUCGCAUUAGAUCAGUGAAAGGUGGUCUACAAAGCCUGUUGAAAGGGGAUCUUGUUGUGCCAACCAGCAAGAAGGUUGUCGCAGAAAAGAAAACGAAGAAGCAUGGUUCCCACCAUUCCCACCACCAAGAAGUCCAGAUGGCCAUUGAGAGACUUGAUGGAUGUGCUCUAGCUUUCAAGGUGGUGAGCGAUACUAAAAGGGGAGUCUUGGUUUACGUCAGGGUAUAUUCUGGAUCAAUCAACCGAAAUGCCUCUCUAUUCAACACAAAUCUUAACCUGUCAGAACGGGCUCCUCGCUUAUUAAAAAUGAACGCUUCAGAAGCUGUGGAGGUGCAAUCAAUCCCAGCUGGACAUAUUGGCGUCAUUGUUGGACUAAAGCACGCAAGGACCGGUGAUACAUUACUUUCAUAUCCAGGAAACAAAGCCACUCCUCCGAAGCCACUCAAUACCCUCCAACUACGCCCGAUAGAUGUUCCACCACCGGUGUUCUUUGCGAGUAUCGAACCUGACAGCCUAAGCGAAGAAAAGCACCUCCAUGAGGCCCUUGCAUUGCUUUUACGAGAAGAUCCUAGCCUCCAUGUUACGGUUGACGAAGACUCUGGUCAAACACUGCUGAGCGGUAUGGGAGAGUUGCAUCUUGAAAUAGCCAGAGACAGACUGGUGAACGACUUCAAAGCCAGAGCCUCUAUGGGGAAAAUCGAAAUCGGCUACCGUGAAUGCAUAUCUGGAACUUCCUCUGUAGUAACCAAAGUUUUCGACCGAGAAAUUGCCGGUCGUAAGGGCAAAGCAGGCUGUACAGCACUGGUAGAAUCCUUCAACCCCGACAAAUCCGAUGAAGAACAACUUGAAUCACAUGAGGACCUUCUAUUCGAAGAAACCCGCAAUGGAAAUCGCAUCACGAUCCUCACUCCGGAUCUAGUCCACCAUGGCAAAAAUCACAAAAAGGCUAAAAUGCCCGAAGAUCUUCUUCCUAUCCACCUUGACCUCUCCAUAAUUAAAACGGCCAUUUACAAUGGAUCUCUCGCUGCGCUAGCCAGGGGUCCAAAAUACUCCUUCCCGCUGCACAAUACGCAUGUCACGCUGAAGUUCGAUAUAAAUACCGAUCUAUUUGGUGCUGAAACUACCCCAUCCGCCCUAUCCGCCGCCGCACGUCUCGCCACCCAAUCCGCCCUAAAAGAAGUAGCGUCGACAUCUGCGCUCAUGGAGCCGGUGAUGAAUGUCAUCAUCAGUGUUCCUGAAUCGAGCAUGGGAGUAGUUGUGCAUGACAUAUCAUCAGCGCGAGGCGGGCACAUUCUAUCUCUCGACGAUGACUGCGGGGCAUCGUCUUCAAGGACGGAUAAUGACGACCUACCACCCAUCGAUGUAUCUAAGAUCUACGCCCCGCCCGACCAAUUCGAAUCGGCCUCGGUAGCUUCCAAUACCAAGAGUCCGAACCAAAUGCGAACGAUAACUGCCAAAGUUCCGCUGAAGGAGAUGGUAGGAUAUUUGAAGCAUCUGCGGAGCUUGACUGGUGGGAGGGGGACAUUUGUGAUGCAUGUGGAUAGAUUUGAGAAGAUGGGGAGUCAGAGGGAGAAGGCAGUUCUGACAGAGCUGUGA